AUAAAUAUACUUCUUCUACUUGGUACUUACCACUACUUGUCACACACUAUUAAUUAGCUAAGAUAGUGAUAAUAUAGUUAGAAAUGGAGCGCACUUGCUAUAAACUUCUUACCUAUGUUACCUUAUUUUGCUUCUUGUUCAUAAGCCCUCCUCUUGUCUCCUCUCAGCUUAAUUAUAGGUUCUAUGAUUCCUCUUGUCCCAACUUGAGCAAGAUUGUUCAACAAGGCGUUUGGUCAGCUAUUGCAAACGAUUCUAGGAUUGCAGCCUCACUGUUGCGGCUUCACUUCCAUGAUUGCUUUGUUAAUGGAUGUGAUGCAUCUGUGUUACUUGAUGAUACUAGCACUCUUAAGGGGGAGAAAAAUGCAUUUCCCAACAAAGAUUCAGCGAGAGGCUUUGAGGUGAUUGACAAAAUCAAGUCAAAUUUGGAGGAAGCUUGCCCAUCCACUGUUUCUUGUACUGAUAUACUCACCCUUGCAGCAACUUCAGCUGUUUACUUUAGUGGAGGGCCAUUUUGGCCUGUAGCCCUGGGUCGCCGAGACGGCACUACCGCAAGUGAAGAUGCAGCUAAUGAUGAUCUGCCAUCACCAUUUGAGCCCUUGGAAAACAUCACUGCAAAGUUCACAGCCAAAGGCCUUAACAUAAAGGAUGUUGUUGUCCUCUCAGGUGCACACACUAUUGGCUUUGCUCAAUGCUUCACAUUCAAGCCAAGACUGUUCAACUUUGAUGACUCUGGCAAACCAGACCCAACAUUAGACACAUCAUUUCUUACAAAUCUACAAAGCGUGUGCCCAAAUCAAGCUGACUCUGACACCAAACUGGCUCCACUGGAUCCUGUCACUUCAACCAAGUUUGAUAAUGUUUACUUCAAAAGACUGGUGAACAAUUCUGGGCUUCUCCAGUCGGACCAGGUCCUUAUGGGGGACAAUAGGACUGCUUCAAUGGUUAUCGGCUAUAGCAGAUUUCCUUAUCUGUUUAACAAGGACUUUGGAGAAUCCAUGGUGAAGAUGGCAAAUAUAGGUGUGCUCACUGGACAAAGUGGUCAAAUCAGGAAGAAUUGUAGGGUUGUGAAUUAGAGAAAAGAACUCUGCUUAGCUAACUAUGUGGUGGAUCAUGAGGGGCAUUAUUGGUAGGACUCUUGCCCUCAUUAUUUGUUCACCAUCUGCAAGGUUUACCGGAAGAAUUGUAGGGUUGUGAAUUAGAGAAAAGAACUCUGCUUAGCUAACUAUGUGGUGGAUCAUGAGGGGCAUUAUUGGUAGGACUCUUGCCCUCAUUAUUUGUUCACCAUCUGCAAGGUUUACCGAAUUUCCGUAUUAACUAAUUCUGUAGUGCUUGAUAGACUUCAUGAAAAGGUGGGCUUGGGUUAUGGUGGUUUUUGCUGCAUGGUUGCUGAUGAACUAUAGGUGUGUUCCAUAUAUGUGGUUGCUGCGUGGUCACAUAUAUAUGCAUGGUUAUUGCAUGUCCUUCUUCUAUCCAUCAGUUUGUAACUAUUGCUUAGUGCUUACUUUGAGUACUUUACUUCAUUUUGUUCUCAAAGAGGUUUUGGUUCAUGUCCUCCUCUCUCUUCUUGUAUUUUCUUUUCUUUUAUUAAUAACAUAAAAUAGAGGGAUGGGCGGUGUGGGUUCCCAGUUGCGA